CCAGACAAGAGCAGGCUGCGGGGGGCGCAGGCUUUGCAGGGGGUGCGAGUUGCUGGCGUUUUGGGGCAUGGGGGGGAUGUGGCUACGUGGGAGUGAUCUGAUGGAUAAAGCUCAGCAAGCCACGGUUAACAGAAAUCUGUCAUUGUAUUUUGCUUGGUGUCACUUUAAGAAGCUGCUUUCAUGCUAUUGACUCUGUCCUAGAUCCUGGUCCCGCCAACAGCUCUGCCUGUGGAGGGCUCCCGUGCACUGGCCUUUGCGGGAUCGGGGCUUUGGUGAAUGAAUUUUGGAGUGGAAGCACGUGGCGAGGCCUCGCUCCUGACAUUGGCACGGUUACAUCUCAAACCCGGUUUCCACAGGACGUGUUCCUGGCUUAAGAGCUGAAGGAUCCCAGGCCCAGCGAACACAUUCACAUCAAAUCAGCAAGGAGGCAGCUGCUGCGGGAAGGGCGGAGACCAGCUUCAAUCCAGGAUAGACACAUUGCUGAGCGAAGCGGAAGUGAAAGUUACUUUCCUCUUUCUUGUAGGUGCCAUGGCCGCAAAACAGGGGAUACAAGAGCUGAAAGAGGCUGUUAUCUGUUCCAUUUGCCUGGCUUAUUUUAACGACCCGGUGAUUCUCAAGUGCGGACACAACUUCUGCCGAGCCUGCAUCACUCAGUACUGCCAGGAGUCCAAAACCUCCCCGCCGUAUCCCUGCCCUCAGUGCAGAGACCCCUUCCGGGCAGGGGAGUUCCCGCCUAACCGGGUGCUGAGGAAUGUCGUUGAAAUAGCCAAAAAAAUCCCAGCGCCAAGCGGGGAGAGAGCGUGUGAAAAACAUAAGGAGCUUUUGAAACUCUUCUGUGACGUGGAUCAAACCCCGAUCUGCCUGGUGUGCAGAGAGUCCCGCAGCCACAAAGACCACCCCGUGCUUCCUAUCGAGGAGGCGGCCCAGGAUUACCAGGAACAAAUUCAGAGACGUUUGGAGAGUUUGAAAAAAGAGAGAGACGAGAUUCUGUCGUAUAAAUCGAGUGGGGAAAAAACAAGCUGGAAAUUACUGAAACAGCUAAAAACUGGGAGGCAAAAGAUUGUGGCUGAAUUUCAGCAACUGCGCCAGUUUCUGGAGGAACAAGAGCGACUCCUGCUGGCCCAGUUGGAAGAGUUGAAUAAGGAAAUUGAAAAGAGGAGGGAUGAAUAUGUUGCCAAACUCUCUGAGGAACUCUCCUCUUUCAGUUCCCUGAUCAGUGAGAUGGAGCAGAAGUGCCAGCUGCCGGCGAGUGAAUUCCUGCAGGACAUCAAAGGCACCUUGAGCAGAUGCGAGAGGGAGAAGUUUCAGAACCCAGUGGCCUUUUCUUCUGACCUGAAAUGGAGAAUCUGGGAAUCGUCUCAAAGAAAUGCACCUCUGGAGACCAGAAUGAAGGAAUUCACAGACUCACUGUCGUCUAGACAGCGAUUUGACAAAGCGAAUGUGACCCUGGAUCCAGACACGGCCCAUCCCGAGCUCAUCCUGUCUGCGGAUCGGAGAAGUGACGUGUUCCAGUUCAGCUAUGCCAAGAUGCCGGACGAGCCCCUGGACACCAACCCGCCAUCGGCCAGGCUGUCUGGAGCCCUCUCGAAAUCCUCCUCCGAGGAUGAGGACAAAGAUGAGGAUGAGGACGCCGAGGAGAGCAGCAGCGAGAGUUCGUCGGAGAGCGAGGAGAGCUCGGAGGAGGAGCGCGCCAACCGGCUGGCAGAGCUGCAGGAGCAGCUGCGGGCAGUGCAUGAGCAGCUGGCCGCCCUGUCGCAGGGCCCGGUCUCCAAGCCCAAAAAGAAGCGGGAGAGGAAGGAGAAGAAAAGGAAGAAGAAAUCGGAGAAGCACAAGGGCCGGGGAGGCGAUGAGGAGGCGCGGGCACACCAGGCCCAGCUGAAGAAGGCCAAAAAGGCAGGGGGCAGCAGUGGAGAGACCAGCGGGAGCAGCAGCAUCACCAAGAAUUCCAGUAAGGUGUCGAAGGCGGCGCUGCCGGCACCCCCCCUGCUCUACGACUCGGAAGAGGAGGAGGAGAGCAAGCCCAUGACCUGCGACGAGAAGCGCCAGCUCAGCCUGGACAUCAGCAAGCUGCCGGGGGAGAAGCUGGGGCGGGUGGUGCACAUCAUCCAGUCGCGGGAGCCCUCGCUGCGCGAUCCCAACCCCGAGAAGAUCGAGAUCAACUUAGAGACCCUCAAGCCCUCCACCCUGCGGGAGCUGGAGCGCUACGUGCUGUCCUGCCUCCGCAAGAAGCCGCGCAAGCCCUACAGCGAGACCAUGAAGAAGCCAGUGGGGAAGACGAAGGAGGAGCUGGCGCUGGAGAAGAAACGGGAGCUGGAGAAACGGCUGCAGGAUGUGAGCGGCCAGCUCAACUCCACCAAGAAGCCCCCCAAGAAGGCCAGCGAGAAGCCGGAGUCUGCCCAGCAGGUGCCCGUGUCGCGGCUCAGCGCCAGCAGCUCCAGCUCCUCGUCCUCGGACACCAGCGACUCGGAUUCCGGCUAGAACGGUGGCGGCGAUGGCAGUGGGCGGGCGGCAUCGUGGCCGGGUGGAAGCGUGGGCAGGUUCAGAAGAGGCUCUGCGGGACCGGACCCCAUGUGAACCGGACUGAGCAGCUCCACCCGGUGGGCAGCACCCCCAAGGCGAGGGAGGGUGCCAGUGACUGCCCCCUCACGGACAUGGGCACUGCCCCAGUGUUUACAGUUCGCAGGCCCCUGGGGGUUGUCGGCGCAGAGGCACCUGCCGGGCACAGCCUGUGCAGGCCCCGGCGCGACCCCAGCCAGGUUUUAACGUUUGGGUUGGUUUGGUUCUGACACAUGGGAGCUUUUCCCAGGGCAGAGUUUGGGUUUUAAAGGGUUUGGAAGUCUCCAUGUUUGGAUUUGCUCUUGGGGGGUGGGGCUGGGGGCUUGGGGGGGCCUGGCCGGACAGACGGAAGCCGCAAGCCCCUCACGUGCUCUGGGCUGCAUCGCCGGCCCCCCCAUCUCACGUCCCACCGGCGGCCUCGUCCCCUUCUCCGGGGAGGGUUUAUUUAUUUGAGCAGCGGUUGGGCCGCGAGGCCCUGCAGAGACGGGUGUCGCCCGCCCGGCUCCAGGACUGCAGUGUACAGAGCCCGUGGGGGCCCGGCCCGGGCAGCAUGCUCCUUACCGGGGGGGGCGGGGAGGGGAGGGGAGGGGGGCUGUUUUUUAUGUUGACUGUACAAUUGUUUUCUACUCCUUCCUUUUCCCUCCCCGUCCCCUGCCCGCCCCGUCAGACCCUGAGGGCGGGCUCAGCUGUUCUGACCUUUCCAUCCUGGAACAUGUAAAUAAAGAAAAUAUUAUUGGAGUUCUUCGAGGUGUGUUGCUCACGUCCAUUCCACACCCGCCCCCUUCCCCCCUGUCGGAGCAGCCGGUAGGAAGGAACUGAGGGGCCCCGGCUCGGCAGAGUCACAUAUUCGGCGCCAGGCAGGCGCGACUCCAGGGGGCUUCACAGCCGACCCGCUGGGAGCUGCUGGGGAAAAACUUUCCAACGGCCGUGCACACAGCGCGCACACACCUGCCUGGAAUGGACGUGAGCAACAUCUCAAAGAACCACAGUUACGAGAG